AUGGCCACAAGCCACGGCCAGACACUCCUGCUGCUGGGAAUAAACCUGAAGACAGGAUCAGGCCCCCCGCCCGCCUGCCCCCUGCCUGCAGGCCCCCUGACCUCCUAUCCUCUGCCCCCCAUGUGUCUGCCCCCUGUGCGCCUGCCCCUUGCCCGCCUGUCCUCUGCCCCUUGUCUGCCUGCCUCUGCCUGCCGGCCCCCUGCCCACCUGUCCCCUGCCUGCCGGCCCCCUGCCCACCUGUGCCCUGCCUGCCGGCCCCCUGCCCACCUGUCCCCUGCCUGCCGGCCCCCUGCCCGCCUGUCCUCUGCCCGCUGCCCACCUAUCUUCUGCCCCCGUCUGCCUGUUCCCCGCCUGCCUGCCCCCCACCCACCUAUCCUCUGCCCCCUGUCUGUCUGCCCCCUGCCUCUUUGCCCCCCUGCCCGCCUGUCCCCUGCCUGCCUGUCCACUGCCCGCCUGCCCCCCACCCCCCUGCCCCCUGCCAGGCUCCACUCCGUCACUCUCUAG